GUCCCAGCGUUUGUUCUUUUUUCGCUGUGUUUGCGAGUUUGAUGAACGUGUAAAAAAAGGUGUAACCAAACCAAAACCUAAGAACGAACGCUAGCCUCUUUCUGUUGCAAUGUGAUUACCUUAAACUUCAGAAUAAGAGCGCAAUGCGAAUGUAAAGGCAGACGGGUUUGAUAGCUUCACCUCAGAACAAUGUUUGUACCCGGAGCAGAGAUAUGUCGAGGACGCCGAGAGUAGGAGCGUAACGGAAAAAAACGUGAGCUUGGAUUUUAAACAAAAUGUUCUUUUUUGUUUCAAUCUUAGUGAGUUGGGUAGGGUGUGGCAUCUAAAUCUGUGUUAUCUAUGUUUUUAAUUUGAAGAAACCGUAGUGCGUUUAAAAGCCUUGUACAAAGAGCAGUGGUGGAGGCAAUGCUCUGAUCCUGUGCUUAAGUAAAAGUUGUAAUAUCACUAAAAAAAUACGCCGUAGUAGCGACAUAAAGUAUUAGCAGCAAAAUGCACCUCAACUAUCCCAAUUUAUUGAAAGGCAACCUUUCAGCACAGGCAGGAGAGCAGCCUGCAGAGUAGCUGAUGAAGAUGAAGUCCACGAGAGCUGGACCUCCUGACGGGGGGUAUGGCUGGGUAGUGGUCAUGUCUGCCUUUUUUAUCAUGGGCCUUACUGCUGCUGUCCUCAAGAACUUCGGCAUCUUCUUCUUGGACAUCCAGAGUCACUUCGGAGUCCUGACCAGCACCACCUCCUGGGUCACCUCCACUACCAUUGCCAUGUUUCACCUGGGAGCUCCAGUAGCCAGUGCACUGACUUUACAGUUUUCUCAAAGAGUGGUCAUCAUAGUCGGAGGCCUGCUGACUGCCUCAGGAAUGUUGCUGGCAUCAUUGGACCUCAGUCUACCCUGUCUCUAUCUCACCAUGGGCAUCCUGCAAGGAACAGGCAUUUCCUUCUCGUGGAUCCCUGCCAACAGCAUGGUGAGUCACUACUUUGUGCGGUGGCGUCCCAUCGCCUACGCCAUUGCCAGCUCAGGGGAGUGUGUGUUCGCCGUCAUGUUCAGCCCUUUCUUCCAGUGGCUCAUUGAGACGUACAGCUGGCAAGGCGCCUUGCUCAUCAUCGGAGGCCUUCAGCUCAACCUGUGUGUCUGCGGUGCCCUCAUGAGACCUCUGGAGACGAAGCAGGGCUCGAUCCAAAAAGCCAAAGACAGUCUAGAAGACAGUCCACCAAAGGGGAAGGUUAUCUUCCAGUUCUCCCUGCUGAGAAAGCCUGAACUUUUACUCUACAUCCUGUUCGCCAUCUUUGCAGCAGCAGGUUUCUUCAUCCCACCUCUCUUUCUAGUGCCCUUUGCCAACAGUUUGGGGAUGGAUAAGUACUGGCCGGCCUCCAUUCUCUCUGUCCUGGCGCUGGCUGACCUGGCUGGAAGGCUGAUCUGUGGGUGGGUAGCCAACAUGAGGCUACUGAGGAACCUGCAGCUGCUCACCAUGGUGGUCACUCUCCUCGGGGUCGUGCUCAUGCUGCUGCCAGUCAGCCACAACUACUGGGCCAUCUUGGGUUUCGCCUCGCUCUACGGCUUCCUGUUCGGCUGCGUGGUGGCCAUUCACAUCACCUCCAUCGUGGACAUUGUGACCCUAGAGGGAUUCGACAGUGGACUGGGGCUCUUUAUGCUCUUCAGAAGCAUUGGUGGUUUCAUCGGUCCACCUGCUGCAGGCUGGCUGGUGGAUGAGACAAAUGACUACAGCGCUGCCUUCUACCUCUCAGGCCUGUGCCUCAUUUCAUCAGCAGUGUUCGUUGUCCUGGUUGACCGCCUGGUUCAGAGGAGAAAAGCCGUGGAGGCUGACGCUCAUCAGGCAAUCGGCCAACAGGAGGACUGGGAAACGGGACAAGUCAAGUGAGAGACACUGUUGCAUAAGACAUUUUCUACCUGAAUGACCCUGGAUGCCACUGAUGUAUGUAUCAGCAGAGAAGAUUGAGUAUGUAAAUGAGGUGCAAUGUCUGUCAGACAGACACUCAAAGACAAACAGAAAGAGAAUCAUGUAUAAUUUUUACAGCUUGCAGUUAUACAAGUUUUGAAUCCUAGUUGCAAGAUGUUGACUCUCUGCAGGAUCCACGCUUUCUUUUUUCCCCCUGGACCACAGCUUCUGAACAAAUAAGCAGCCAAACAUACUAAGCUAAACUCCAAAACCCUGCACAUCAUUAUAGCUGUGUCUCCAAAUGGCACUUCAUUUUUGGGACUUAUAGUCACAGGGGUUCUACAUCUGUUUGAGCUCACACUAAAUGUUUUUAGUGCUGUGUUUUAUUGAGACCAAAUCCCAUGUAAAAGACCUUAACCAUCAAAGUGUGACCUCCCUACCCUGUCUGUGCUUCUCAGCCACAAGGCCCUUUGUUUCUACUGAAGUCUGAUCUUUUAAAAUCAGUGUAAUUUGUCAGGGGCGAUUAUGGUGGUUUUUCCUGGAACUCGGCAAACUUCAGGAUUUAAAGCUGCAACACUUACUACUGAAACUAAAUCUCAAAUGUUGAGGGUUUCUGUGGAACCUCAAGCAGUCAGAUUGGGGUCCAAUUUAAAGAUCAACUGUAGACGAGGACAAACGUAGCACACAGAGAUUCAGAGAAUUUCACUCAAUGCUGGUCUAUUUGCAACAAGGCAUGAACACAAAUAACCCCUCAACAGUUCUAGACACAGCUCAGCCUAGAACUGUAUUGCUAACCUCGCACGCACUUUUGUUCAUACAAACAUCUUACAUUCAUUCUAACAGGCAAAGAAAACAUCCAUCCUUAUAUACAGACAUUUGUGGGUGCAGAUUUGGUUUGCUUGUAUUUAUGUCUAUGGGAUGGACUCAAAAUAAAUUUCAGUGGCUGUGUUUAUGAUAAUGAAUCACCCGGUGCUAACAUAGAUGCGUUUUUAACAGUGGAACUCUGUGGCAGGAAUAAGACAUAUCAGUGAUACUCAUUAGAAGGAUGAAUAGUUGUUGGUUUUGGCCUUUUCAUGGGAUUUGCUGACAGUCAUAGUAUCAGUAUUAUUGCAUGAAUCAUUCAAGCUUAUUUAUUCUUUUAGUCCCCUUGAUGAAGCCUUUUGACACUUUUUUUGUCAGCAGAGCUUGUUUCUCUGUGUGGGCUCGACUAAAGAUAAAUAGGAAUAUUAUUUCUGAUUAAGACCCAGUGUUUUUUUGUUUUUUUUUUAAAGCAAAAGUAUUGUUUUGUUACUUUCUUUGAAGAUAUACGACUCCUGUAUAUCAACACAGCUGUUAACCACAUGUGGGUCUGGCCACAAACUUUCCUGCUCAGGUUUCUCUGACGCAACAUAUUGAUUUUCUGUGCCACUUGUGUAGUGGUUAAAGGCUGUAUUCUGUUCUUGCGGUCAUGAUGUUGCUGUUAUGACUUAAAAUUAUUCAUCUUGUCCACUCAAAUCAGUUUUCAUAUGCAGUUUCCCGAUUUGAAAAAUGGACAUUUAAAGCCAUUUUAAGGACUUAGUUGUAACAGUAGAGUUAAUAGCAUCAUGUUACCUCUGCAUCUUUUUAUGUUUUAAUUGAAAUGUGAAAUUCAGCCUUAAAGGUUUUUAAAGGUUUGUCUCAAUAUAUCAAAUGUUCUUUUAUGU